CGCAUGUAAUAACAACAAAGUAAGCCACCCGCAGUGAGUCAGUAGAGGGGCGCUGGCGAUGCGGGGCAGCGAUGAUGAAAAUAGCAGCCAAAGCCAGCCAGCCAAUUGCAAACCCAACGACCCCGCCUAUCUGCUUCGUUAUUGUGACUCUUUUCAUCAUUUGCCUUGGUAGCCUCUCCUGUCUAGGGUGUGGUUGAAUGAAAUCAUUGUAGACCAGAUCGUACAUUUAAACCCUGACCCAUCAGGCGUCGGAUUUUCGAUUCUUCUUCUCACAUCGACACACCCCGCCAUCCCACCAUACUUUGGCCAAAGCUGCAAUCAUGGCUGGAGCUUCUGGCAAGCCAGGUGCUGCUUCAAGAGGACGUGGUGGAAAGUUCAAGAAGUUCACCAGAGGAGGUGGCCAUCACUUCUCUCGUGAUCUUCGACCCCUCGACGCUGACGGCAAUGAGAUCAGCAUGUGGAAUGCCAACAAAAACAAGGGCUCCGAUGAUUCUGACGAUUCCGACGAAGAUUCGGACGAGGAGUCUGAGGAGGAAUCCGGUGAUGACGGCCCAUCCAAGCCGGCUGCCGAGCUGAGCAGAGAGGAGCGCAAGGCGCAAAAGGCUGCGCAAAAGAAGGCUGCCAUCGCCAGAAAGCAGAAGGGUCCGGUCCAGGUCGGCGAUAUGCCCUCGGACUCGGAAGAAGAAAGUGACGAUGAUAUGCCCGCAAACCCUAACCACUCCAAGGCUGCUCGCAACCAGGCCAAGGCACCCACGGUGCCUGUCGAUGAGGUCACCGAGGGUGUCAAGAACUUGACGACUGCCGGCAUGAACAAAAAGGAGCGCGAAGCCUUUGAGGCAAAGCAGCGCCAAGAGAGAUGGCGCAAGGCACAUUUGGCUGGUGAGACAGAUGAAUCCAAGGCAGAUAUGGCUCGUUUGGCGGUGCUCAGGCAGGAACGAAAGGACAAGGCAGCGGUCGCUGCAGUUGAGAAGGAAGAGAGGGAGGCCCGUGAUGCUGAACGCAAAUUAGAGAUUGAGGCACGAGAGGCAAAGUUACGAGCGGCUGCAUUAGGCAAGACUGGACCCCCCAAAAAGAAGGGAAAGGGCAAAUAAAAUGAUGAUUACGCGCACGACAUUGAUACAUUGGGUUACGCAUGGCAACAGUUACGUACCUUCACGACAGUGUGCACAUCAUCAAUAUAUUCCGCCAUUAUCAAUGUCUUGUAUAACUCAAAAAUUCCCAAGGGAUUCUUCUGAGCUACCACAUGCCUCUUAUAACACCAUCAGUGUCGCGCUGCAUAAUGGGAAUCUAUAAUUGUAUAAUCUAAUACGCCAUGUAACCCACCAGCAUUGCAGCCCCGCCAAACAAGUAUUUCACAUCGGCAAUCCCGCCCACACCUGUAGCAGUGUUCUUGGUAGAAGCGCUGG